AUGGCCACAGGGACAGACCAGGUGGUGGGACUCGGCCUCGUCGCUGUUAACCUGAUCAUCUUCACCUACUAUACUGCCUGGGUAAUCUUCUUGCCAUUCAUAGACAGUGAGCAUGUCAUCCACAAGUUCUUCCUGCCUCAGUGUGCGGCCAUACCCCUGGCCGCAGGCCUCUUGCUGCUCCUGUGUGUGGGAUUAUUCAUCACCUAUAUUAUGCUGAAGAAUCAGAGGGUGAUCAAGAAGGCUCAGUGAAGACCCAACAGGGAUGAGGCAUCUGGCACCUCCUCUUUGUCCCCUCCAGGGCAGGGACCAAGGGUCAACCUGUAGGACAG